GCUCGCGCGGCUCUGGAGCAGCUCCGACACGUCGGGUGCUUUCAGGUGAAGCGCUGGUACCUGCUGCGCUGAAGAGGUGUGCAGCCCUCACACACAUGAAGGAGUUAUUCGUGUCUCUUUCUUGUCGUGGUUGGUGCUGCUUGAAACGGAGAGAAAGAACAAGUUGUGGAAGACUUCUGAAAAAAAUGCUGAUUCGUCAGUGGUGGUUGCUAGGCGGUCGCUAAGGUCGCAGCUGCCUGUCAAGGCUAACAUGGAACGAGAGGGCUCAUUUAGGAGGACUCUCCACAGCAAGCUGAGGUUGGGUAGCAACUCGUCCUCCAGUCUGACCGACCUCUCGCAGGCGAAGACCGGAGGAGGAGGAGGAGAAGGAGGAGGAGGAGGAGGAGGAGGAGGAGGGACAACUGGGGGACUGGCUGAGGAGUGCAGCAGGGACAGGGGGACCCAGCAUAGAAGGGCCGGGACCAACGCCACUUGGAACAGCAUCCACAAUGCAGUGAUAUCAGUUUUCCAGAGGAAGGAUCUGGGGGAGAAUGAACUCUACUCUCUGAAUGAAGGCGUCAGGCAGCUGCUGAAGACGGAGCUGGGCUCCUUCUUCACGGAGUACCUUCAGAACCAGCUGCUCACGAAAGGCAUGGUGAUCCUGAGAGACAAGAUCCACUUCUAUGAAGGUCAGAAGUUGCUGGACACUCUGGCCGACACAUGGGACUUCUUCUUCUGUGAUGUUCUGUCCAUGCUGCAGGCCAUCUUCUAUCCCGUACAGGGAAAGGAGCCAUCGGUGCGUCAGUUGGCUCUCCUCCACUUCAGGAACAUCAUCACCCUCAACCUGAAGCUGGACGAGGCUCUGUGUCGACCCCGAGCCAGAGUUCCCCCUUCUAUCAUACAGAUGCUGCUAAUACUACAGGGAGUCCAUGAAUCUAAAGGUGUAACAGACGUCUACCUCCGUCUGGAGUCUCUCAUCCAGAAGGUGGUCUCUCCUUACCUCGGCACUCAUGGGUUAUAUUCCAGAGACGGAUCUUCCCACUUGCACUGCUCCUCCUGCCUUCUCGAAAAGCGUUUGCAGCGCUCCUGGCCCUCCAAACCGGGAAGCUCCCCCAUCGCCAAGAACCCGGUGGUCCGCUCUAAGAGCUACAACGUCCCCAUGCUGACCCCCGUGGUGGAGCACGACACCGACUCGACCUCGGGCGGCGGAGCAGGAAUCAGACGGCACUCCGUCUCCGAGAUGACUUCCUGCUUGGAGGAGACCGGUUCUUUGGCUGAAUCCACAACAACUGCCACAAACAACACCAGCACAUCCAGCCUCGCCAACCACUCGCCAGCUUCCACCGUCUCCGCUGCACUU